UGUUUGCUUUUUCUUGUCUGAGUUUCAGCUGCCUAUGAAGCUGUGUGUUCCUUUAAUGUAUCUCUGUGCGUGUGUGUUUUUAUUUUAGUUUUUGGGUUAUAUGAACAGAGUCUAUGACUCAAAGUUGUGAUUUUAAGCCUACUAGGAUUGAGAAUUGGAUGGUAGUUUGGAAAGAGUUGGUCAUAUAAAAAAGAUGAGAAGAAUAUGAUACUACUGCAGUUGGGGGUUUUGUAAGGAAAUAUGGAUGGUCUUCAGAAUUCCCAAUUCUUUUGUGUUAGUGAUAACGUUGGGCAAAAAGCAUUCCUUAUUCAAUUCUUGUAAAAAGAUAAGCAUUCCCUAAUCAGAGGAUAAGGAUUUUCAACGAUUUGUGUGUGUUCAUGAAGUUGAAUUUGCCAAUUUUCGGAGUUGGUGUUUAGGUGCAUCAAAAUGCUCUAUUUCUUCCUUUUCAUCACUUCUUUGACCGUGGUAAGUUGUUAUGAAUGAACUAAAGCAAAUUUUCAAGAAGCAGCAGGGGAAAUUAGAUGUUUAAAAUUGCUGUUUUGCUAACCUUUGUAGUAUCACAGGAAGUAUAAAUCGAGUUUAAGAUUACUUUUCUUGUUCUCCACUUACUCAUAUAUAUAUAUAUAAGAUUCUUGCUAUUUAUGCAGCAAAACAUAAGUUGUUAGAAUAGGUUCAAUCUAAUAUUUCUUCACUUUUAUAAGGCCAUAUUAGAAUAAGAUCAAUCUGAGAAAUUUUCAUUGUUGUCGAAAUUUCGAGAAAGGCUGAAUUCUCCUGGUUAUGAACUCUAGUUAUUGCAUAACAUAUCAUCCUAAUUAUCAACAUUCGGUGACUUGGUGUAACAGCUUACUCCAUACAGAAUCUGUGAAGAAAUGGACUAAUAGGAAUGGAUCCUCAGGCCUUUAUUAGGUUGUCGAUUGGGUCUCUGGGAAUUAGAUUUCCCGGAAGUGCUGCAGAAGAAUCUGGUAUUUGUUCAUUUUCUUCUCCGUGUGUAUGUGAGAUCCGCCUCCGCGGCUUCCCUGUGCAGACAACACCAAUCCCUUUUGUACCAUCUCCUGAAGCAACUCCUAAUUCUCACAGUGCCUCGUCCAGCUUUUAUCUCGAAGAAUCUGACUUAAAUGCACUCUUAGCACCUGGAUGUUUAUAUGCCUCCAAUGCGAGGCUCGAGAUAGUGGUGUUCAUGGGGAGAAAGGGUUCCCACUGUGGUGUUGGUGCCAAGAGGCAACAGAUUGGAGCUCUUAAGUGUUGGAUAUUUGACACACAAAAUAUAGGAGCACUCAACAAGGAUGAAAUAUGGAGGAUAAGUAUUAAUAAGCUUCUCACAAAAGGAUUACAAAAUACAAAAACAAAAAGAUGUGCUUCAGCACUACAAACUCUCACUGUUUAUCUAUGAGCUACGGCUCUUUCUCUCAAUUCACCACUUCCUUUUCUCUUGAUUGAUUACAUUAAACUACUACUACCCCUAUUUAUAGAGAUUCAAAACUAGCUAGCUACAAUACACAUCAUCAUAGCUUAAUUAGGAAGAAAACAAAUGUAAUCCACUACCUACACCACCUAAUUAUCAAUAUGGUACGUGGCUUUCAUGUAGCCAUGAGGAAACAAAAAUCAUCCACGUAUAAUAACUAGGUGAUGCACCUACUUCAUCACUUUUUCUUAAUCUUGAAGUAAUUGAGUUUAAUAAA